AUGGCGUUGUACCUGGACGAAGAAGAGGUUUGGAAGUGUCCGAAGCAUCCAUCCAAGCGAAGAAGAAGCGGAAUUUGCCCAAUUUGUCUUCGCGACCGUCUCGUAACUCUCUGCCCUGACUGUGCUAACGUGCGCCCUUGUUCCUGCUUCGCCACCAGCUCCUCCUCGUCUUCCUCGUCGUCGUCCUCCUUCUCUAGAUUUUCCGGCGGUGCCGGCGGCGCUGCUGCGGUUGGGCGCGUCCACAACCUCAUCGAGAUGGAGCCAGGGCUCCGGCGCUCGCGCUCCAUGGCGAUUCCGUUUCUCCGGUCGCGUUCUCGGUUCUCCGGCGGCGGUGACCGGGGUUCGGAUCUCGACAGCGCGAGGGACUCGCCGGCGUUGAACGGAAGUAGGUCGGCGAGGUCGUUCUGGUCAAUGUUUAAGUCGCAGAAGAGCACGAGAGGCGGAGCGCCGGAGCAGGAGUGGGAGGCGAAGAAGAUUUUGGCGGAGGAACGCGACGGCGAUGGGAGCGUAAAUCCGGUUAUGGCACGGUCGAAGUCAGUGGCGGUUACGGCGGUUUCCGGCGAUGGAGAUUUGAGACCGCGGACGAAGGGCAGAGGGUGGUUUUUUCCGAGUCCGAUGAAAGCUUUCCGGCAAUCGAAGGCUUCUAAAGUGGUUCAGGAACGGUCUCCUUUGUAUAGAGGUUGA